ACGACGCCACGACCAGCGCUUCCGUUCCGUCUUCAACUACCCACAUGUCGGAGCUCCAACGUGUUGUACGGCGACAUUGAUCCUCAAAGCUCUUUAAACGUCUCCGUUUGGGUCAUAAAAAACGAGCGAAAUGACGGAAGGUAAAGCAGAAUCCACCUCAGCGCGAGCAAAAGAGCUACUGGCUCUGAAUCCGGCCCAAGAGUCCGAGUUUAAGAAGAAAGUCCAGGAGGCGAAGCAGAAGAAGUCCGGGAAGGGUGGACGUCUGACUCCAGGUGUGGUUUACGUCGGUCACCUGCCUUUGGGACUAUUUGAGCCGCAGCUUAAAUCGUACUUUGAACAGUUUGGGAGGGUCCUGCGUCUUCGUUUGUCCAGAAGCAAGAAGACUGGUGGAAGUAAAGGCUACGCGUUUUUGGAGUUUGAAUGUGAUGAAGUAGCAAAGAUUGUUGUGGAGACCAUGAACAAUUACCUGAUGGGGGAGAAACUCAUCAAAUGUCAUCUGAUUCCUCCCGAGAAGGUACAUGAGAAGCUGUUUGUUGGCUCCCAAAAGACUUUUAAAAAACCUUCAAAUCCCGCUGUAAAGCGGUACAACAGGAAGCGUUCAGCAGAGCAGGUGGCCAAAAUGACGGAGCGGCUUCUACGCAAAGAGUCCAAGCUCCGCAAGAAGUUGGAAGCACAGGGAAUUGACUAUGACUUCCCUGGAUUUGCUGCUCAGGUGUCUCAGAAGAAGAAGUCAUCAGCUGCCAUGGACACGUCUUCGUGUAGUGACGACACCACCCCCGCCUGCACGCCGUCCUUCCUGGAGAGGAGGAAGUCCAUGGUUGUAGACGACGAUGACGACCGUGAGAUUGUCGUUAAGAUGCCGGCUGUAGAUUGCGAUGAAGAUGACAGUGAGGAUGAUGAGGAAAUCGUCUCCCAGAGCUCAGAAGAGGACACGGAGACAUAGUGGAUGUGGACGGGGGACUUUUAGGAGCUGGAUAUAAAUACGGACUUCAGUUUGCCUCCAAACAAACUCGAGGCUUUGAACUGUGUUCUUAAGGUGAACAGUUGUAAUAAUGAAAGCAGCAACAGUCUAGAGGCACCCCACCAGGUGUUUUAGGGUUUCUGACCAACCUUAAGGUGAGUUUGAUGAACCUGCAGCCGUCCCGGAUCUGCUGCUGUUGUCGGGAAAUACUUUAAUAAAAUAAAUAAUAACCUUCCUGAA